GAUAACGCUUUCAUUGUUUUUUUUUUUUUUUUUAAACAAGAAAAAAAUUGUCUGCGGUGUAAUCACGGCUCCGUGGGCUUGACUCCGGAAUAAUCGGUUGUCAGUCAAAAAUUAAUUCCCAUCAUGUGAGAGGGACUCACUGCCAAAGCACUAGUAGAGUUCAAUUAUACGUCAUAGGCCGUCGAGGAUUCGAAUCGAAGUAGAGAAGAGGUUUCAAAGAGUACACUUCCACACUCCACACGAUUCGACCCUGGAUCAUGCCCGUAAAGACGAGUUGCUUUCUCCACUGGGCCACCACCCCCAGUGGUUCAUUGCUUUUGGAUUCAUCUGCUUCUCUCAAUCCAAGUUUCUGCAGAUCCACUCUAAUCUGGCUAUUUUUCGAAUAUUCAUUGCAAAAUUUUUAUAUAUAUAUAAAAAAAAAAAAAUUAUCUCUACUAGGACAAUGAAUUAAAUUGAAUUGACUACUUUUUAUGGGUUAUCUUUUAUUUCAGAGGACCACUUUUGUUAGAAUAAAGCUUUUAUUUAUUUGAAUUUUUUUUUUAAAAUAAAAAAAUGGUUUGAAGUGGUGUUGGUAAAAACUGUCUUGUACACUGUUGAUUAAAGUGAGACUGUCAGCUAUACAUACAUACAGGAGAUUUAUAGCUUUGGUGGUGGAUGGGCCAUUGUAUGCAAUAAUUCAAAUAAUCAUGAGGAUUGGAUCUGCUGAGAGUGAGAGAGAAGGGAGUGUGGAUAACAUAACAUUAUUGUUUUCUGGGAUAAUGAAUCGGGAAUUGAAGCGAGGGAAGCGAGAAAGGGACUUGGUUGUCAAUGAAAAGGUAGUUAUUGUUGCUGUUAAGGCAUCGAAGGAAAUCCCCAAGACUGCUCUGAUUUGGGCUUUGACUCAUGUUGUUCAGCCUGGGGAUUGUAUCACACUGCUAGUUGUGCUAGCUUCUCAAAGUUCGGGUAGGAAAUUAUGGAAUUUCCCUAGAUUUGCAGGAGACUGUGCCAGUGGCCACCGAAGGUCUCAUACAGGAACAAGUUUAGAGCAGAAAUCCGAUAUCACAGAUUUCUGCUCCCAGAUGAUCCUUCAGCUCCACGAUGUUUAUGAUCCCAACAAAAUUAAUGUGAAGAUAAAAAUUGUUUCUGGAUCGCCAUGUGGGGCAGUAGCUGCGGAGGCCAAGAGAGCUCGAGCUAAUUGGGUUGUACUGGACAAACAGCUCAAGCAUGAAGAAAAGCGCUGUAUGGAAGAGCUACAAUGCAACAUUGUGGUUAUGAAGCGCUCCCAGCCAAAGGUUCUGCGUCUAAACUUGGUUGGGUCACCCAAUAAGGAUGCUGAAGCAGUGUGUUCAUUACCAUCUGAGAUAGAUCAAUCAUCUGAGAAACAAUCUAGAAACAAGACUGAUGCUAUGGAAUCCGUUCGAGGACCUGUCGUGACUCCAACUAGCAGUCCGGAGCUAUUUACUGCAACUGAAGCUGGAACUUCAUCAGUAUCGAGCUCAGAUCCUGGAACCUCACCAUUUUUCAUUUCCGAAAUUAAUAGGGACUUGAAGAAAGAGGAACCAUUAGGCACAAAGGAAACUCCUGAUAUUGAUGAAUCAAGUUCAGAUACAGACAGUGGAAACUUAUCUUCAUCUUCAUCAAGUUUAAGAUUCCAACCAUGGAUGACAGAAGUUCUCAAUUCUCAUCAUCAAUCGUCACAACACCUGGAAGAAAGCUCACAAAGAUCCAAUGCAAGUCCUCAUACAUUGGCAACCAAGGCUUUGUUAGAGAAAUUCUCUAAACUUGAUCGAGAAGCUGGAUUUGGAUUACCAAAUUACAGAUCUGAUCUAGACUACAGUGGAAAUGUGAGAGAAGCAAUUUCUCUAUCCAGAAAUGCACCUCUUGGGCCCCCUCCUCUGUGUUCAAUAUGUCAACACAAGGCACCUGUGUUUGGAAAACCCCCAAGGUGGUUCACCUAUGCUGAGCUGGAGCUUGCUACUGGAGGAUUUUCACAAGCUAAUUUUUUGGCGGAAGGAGGUUUUGGAUCCGUCCACAGAGGUGUCCUGCCAGAUGGUCAGGCAGUAGCUGUCAAGCAACAUAAAUUGGCAAGUUCUCAGGGUGAUCAAGAGUUUUGCUCAGAAGUGGAAGUCCUCAGUUGUGCUCAGCACCGAAAUGUUGUUAUGUUAAUUGGAUUUUGUAUUGAGAACAGUAGAAGAUUGCUGGUUUACGAAUAUAUAUGCAACGGGUCACUAGAUUCUCAUAUAUAUGGUCGUCAUCAAGAUCCAUUAGAAUGGUCUGCACGUCAAAAAAUUGCGGUGGGAGCUGCUCGAGGGCUGCGAUAUCUUCAUGAAGAAUGCAGAGUGGGAUGCAUUGUCCACCGAGACAUGCGGCCCAACAACAUCCUCAUCACCCAUGAUUUCGAGCCAUUAGUAGGAGACUUUGGCUUGGCGAGAUGGCAACCCGAUGGAGACACUGGAGUGGAAACAAGGGUAAUUGGAACUUUUGGGUAUUUGGCUCCAGAAUAUGCUCAAAGUGGCCAGAUCACGGAGAAAGCUGAUGUUUAUUCGUUUGGGGUGGUUUUGGUGGAGCUUGUUACUGGAAGAAAAGCUGUGGAUCUUAACCGGCCGAAGGGUCAGCAGUGCCUCACUGAAUGGGCACGUCCACUACUUGAACAAUAUGCCAUUGACGAACUGGUUGAUCCACGGCUAGGAAACAACUAUGAUGAACAUGAAGUCAAUUGCAUGCUACACGCUGGAUCCUUGUGCAUUCGACGGGAUCCUCAUUUAAGGCCUCGCAUGUCACAAGUGCUCCGUAUACUGGAAGGGGACACAGUUAUGGACUCAAAUCAAAUGUCAGCACCUGGGUAUGAGGUGGGUAGUCGGAGCAGGACUUGGGUGGAACAGCAGCACCGUAUACUGGAAGGGGACACAGUUAUGGACUCUAAUCAAAUGUUAGCACCGGGAUAUGAGGUGGGUAGUCAGAGCAGAAGGACUUGGGUGGAACAGCAGCAACAACAAUACAGUGGUCCAAUUUUAAACGAAUCAUUGGAAGGGUUACAUGGGAAACUCUCCCUCGAGACUUCUCUAAGGCCACCUUUGUGGGAAAGGGACAAUGCCUGGAGGAUGUCAGGUGAGGAGGAUGACUAGUAAAGACCUCUUUCACUCUCCAACUGCAAUGGCAUGAAUGAUAGAUAUGCUGAAGUACAUUGUAUUUCACUUCUUUUUUCAUUUCUUUUUUUUUUUGGGUCUAAUGCUAUCAUGAUUUUGUUUUUGUAUAGUAUAUAUAUAAGGGAAUUAGAAAAAGGAGGGUUUUGUAGUUUACACUUUGGAAAUGAAGUAGAUUGAUCCCAACUGACAAGGUCAGAACUUGGGUGCAUCUAUGUGUUUUCGGUUUA